UAUAAACAAUAUGGCGGCAAUUUCAAGUUGCCUGCCACUUUUUCUCAAAAUAUUGCUAAUAUUCUUUUUAACUGAUGGUACUUUUACCCAAAAUAUAACAACAGCUAAUACACCUACUACCGAGGCAGCUGUUGCAACUACAACAACUGCCCCUUCUGCCACAGCAACACCAAUAGCUGCUAAUACAGAUGUUGGCCCUUGUACGUGUGAUCUAACAAAAAAUGCUUGUGAUGUAAAUUGUUGUUGCGAUGGAGACUGUACUGCAGAUGACAGACUUGCAUUCAGCCAGUGCUCAGAAAUUGUUGCUAGGGUGUCUGGACAAACAUGCAUCACAAGCAGUGUUAUAUUUAGAGAUAAUACUGGAUAUGAAACAAAUACCUCCAACCCUGAUUUACUGUGUAUAAUCACUGACAACUACCAAGAGAGAAAUUACUACACUGUUCCCGAUGAACUGGACACACCUAGCAAACUCAAGGCAUACAGUGAGAAGUAUGGAGGCUACUCAUACCAGACACUCAACUCAGAUUUCACUAUGAAAGAAACUAAUUAUGUUAGUGGAGAUCUGAUAUACACUAGAUAUGAGAACAAUGCUACAGGUGUACUGAGUCUUCCUAGAACACUGAAUUCUGCAGAGUGUUCAGAUCAGAAUGGAGCAGCAUACUUGUAUGACCAGAAGUUUACCUGUACCCGUUUCCUUAGUAACCUAGCAACAGAAUGUCAGUCUUCUCUCAGUCUCGAUGCUGCCACCUAUUACCAGAACUUCAAACUAGUUUCUACUCCUGAAAUAUUUUCACCAGGCCCGGUAUAUCCUCCCAGCAUAGAUGGAACCACAUCAUCUCCUGGCACUACUGUCUCCAUGACAACAGUUGCUAUGGAGACAACAACAGAGACAUUGUCAUAUGACAACAGUAGUUUAGUAGACAUUAUCAUUGGGCAGAGUUACUGUAUAGACCAGCAAGGGAUUGGAGACGUAUGUAACUUCACAGGAUCGGGACCACCCUCCCCAAUGUUCAACCUAACUGGAAAUGAUUUCUGUGACUAUGCAGUUACUGAGGUCCACUAUAUAAUCUACCACAAUGGAACUAAGGGAAUACAACAGGCUGAAGUGAGAUUUGUCUUUAAGUCAAUUCAAGAUCAACACCUUCCAUUAUUACAGACAUUCCAAACCUCUUUCAAAAAGCUUGAGGACACAAACACAUUCAGACGUAGUGGCAACCCAGGAUACCUUAUAGGUGAGCCUGUCCUUGCAGGUCGUCUAGUCACCCAAUCAUUAAUAGAUGGCACUGAACGCCAGGCAAUUUAUCUGGACUCUAAUCGUGAGAAUUGGCUGACAAUCGUUACAAGCACUCCAACAGGGCAGUGUGUUACAGAACCAUACAGUAGGAGAUCUGUUAAAUUUGGAGAGAAUUUAAGAAGUGGAUGUGCUUUCAGGGUCUCUUACAACAACAUUGCGGAUGUCUGCACAUUGAUACAGCAAACAGCUUUGCAUGCUCUUACUCUUAACCAAUCAGAUUUCUACAUUGCAACAUUCGGCAACUCUGAUGUUGUGAAAGUUGGUGAUUGGGUGAAAAUUAUUGAACAAAAUAAACCAACAGCGGAGCCAUAUUCACAGAAAGGGGGAUGUCUCAACAUUGUACUAGGAAUGCAUAUAGAGAUCUUGUAUGCCAACAUAGGGUCUCUAGUCAACCCCCAAGCCAAGAUAAUUGGGAUCUCGUUUAUUUAUGAAUCUCCCCAAGACAUCAAGUUCCAGUGUGUGGGACCCUACUGCCGUCCAUCAACAGCAAAUAUGACUCAAACCUUCGAAGUUGUCAGCUCAGUUGCUUUCAUAGACACAACCCAGCCAGCUGUACCAAUUAUAGCUGAGAAGCCCUCUGUUACAGCUAAGCUGCCAAAUGACUUCUUUUAUCCAUUUUAUUAUUUGAGCAGUGCCUCACUUACCAGGACAUCAUAUUGUGUCACAUUGUUAGUGUUAAUGGUAUAUUUUUGUCAUUGAGCAAUUGAUUGUAAAAUGGAAGCUUUCUAUUGCUUGACCAGGUCCCAACAUGUUUAGGUUGAUUUAAGUAGGCAGAAAUGAUUUACAAUUUCAAUUCAACCCAAUCACAAAGAAAAGUUUCAAAAUUCUGCAAGCCUAAAAAUUGUAAUUUCUGCCAAAUAAACAAGUUUCCUGUUUUUGCUCUAUAAGGCAUCAUAUGAAAAAAAUUCAUUUCUGGCACAUUCCCGGGUGUCAAGGAUGCUGGGACAUUUCUGUCAUUGACCAAUCAGAUGAGGAAAAUCAAAGGAUCAGAUACUACAUAUAGCAACGAAUUUGUUAAUUAUAAUCAAUUUUAUUGGUAUUUAUUGGAUACAUCUGCUAUUGACAAGUGUAUCAAAUUUGAGCAAGUGAUACUUGGAUGUAAACAAGGGUAUCCUAGUAGGUAAUGAUUAAUAUUGCAACAUAAGUAAUGGAAUUAAAAUAGAAGUGAUUUAACACCAUGGUUCAAAUCCCCAAAAUGACAGAUAUACUGUAUUGAGGUUAUAUCAAAACCCUAAGAUUACAUCAAAACCCUAGGAUAUAUGUCAGACAUUACCAUGUUACAGUAAAACCUGUCUAAGUGG